AUUUGAGGUAGGGCUAAAAAUUUUUGUAAUAGUAAUAUGAAAAAGGGGGAGAAGAAUUCAGAAUGAUAAUUCAUUACAAAAAUAUUAAUAAAAUUAUAUAAAAUGAGUAAGAAAUUUGAAUGUGUAAGAGUGGUGAUUCGUUGUCGUCCAUUAAAUGAUACAGAAAAGAAGGAUGGACGUGUUUGUAUAGUAAAUAUGGACACAAAGAAUGGGUAGGUUACAGUAAGAAACCCAAAAAUAGUGGAUGAGGUGCCAAAAUAAUUCACAUUUGAUUAAAUCUUUGACACCUAAUCUCUUUAAGAAAAUGUUUAUAAUUCAACAGCAUCUCCAAUAGUUGAAAGUGUAUUGGAAGGAUAUAAUGGAACAAUAUUUGCUUAUGGUUAAACAGGUACAGGAAAAACACAUACAAUGGAGGGAAAGGAUGAUCCACCUACAUUAAGAGGUAUAAUACCUAGAACAUUUGAUCAUAUAUUUGAGAGGAUAGAGAAUAUGGCAAAGAAUAAGUAAUUUUUGGUUAAGGUUUCAUUUUUGGAAUUAUACAAUGAGGAGAUCCGUGAUUUGUUGUCAAAGAAUAUAAAAAACAAAUUAGAGAUUCGUGAGAAUCCAGACACAGGAGUUUACAUAAAGGAUUUAAGUAAAUUUAUGAUAGAGAGUCCUUAAGAAAUGAGAGAAAAAUUAUUACAUGGUAGAGAAAAUAGAGCAGUAGGUGCAACAGCAAUGAAUUAAGAUUCUUCACGUUCACAUUCAUUAUUUUAGAUAAUUGUAGAAACAAAUGAAAUGAUAUAAGGAUAAAGUCAUGUGACAGUUGGAAAAUUAAAUUUAGUGGAUUUAGCAGGUAGCGAGAGAUAGAGUAAAACUCAUGCUACUGGAGAUAGAUUGAAAGAAGCAAUCAAUAUCAAUCAAUCAUUAACAACUUUAGGUAAUGUUAUAAGUGCAUUGGUUGAUAAUAAAUCUUAACAUAUUCCAUAUAGAGAUUCAAAAUUAACAAGACUCUUGUAAGAUUCUUUAGGAGGCAAUACUAAGACUGUAAUGAUUGCAAAUAUAGGUCCAGCUGAUUAUAAUUAUGAUGAAACUAUAUCAACAUUAAGAUAUGCUCAUAGAGCUAAAUAGAUUAAGAAUGAACCUAAAAUUAAUGAAGAUCCAAAAGAUGCUUAGAUAAGAUAAUUUUAAGAAGAAAUUCUAAAGUAUUAAGUUGUAGAUAAAUUAUAGAUUGAAAUAAUAAUUAGAAGCUUCAAUUGAAGGUGGUGGAGGAGGUAUGAUGAAUCCUGGAUAAGAAGUACUUGUUUAAAAGGUUGUUAAAGUUAAAAAUGUGGAUAAAAUUAAAGAAGCUGAAAAUAUAAUAGAGAGAGAGAAAGAAGAAUUAAGAAAGAAGAUUGAAGAAGAAAGAAGAAAGAUUGAUUAAUAGAAGAAUUUAGGUGAAGAAGAAAAAAUGAAAUUAUUAAAAGUAUUAAUAUUAGAUUAUCUUAUUAGUAAUUAUAAGAAAAAGAAGAACAGGCCAAUAAUGCUAGAGAAACAUAAUAGAAAUUAAUUAAAACUAUUCAAAAAAUGGAAUAAAAAUUAGUUAUUGGUCAUACUGAAGUAGAGGAGGCAAGAAGAAAAGAAAAAGAAUUAGAAGAGGCAAGAAAAUUGAUUGAAAAAGAAAAAGCUGAAGCUGCAAAAAGAUCUCUAGAAUUGUAGAAAAAGGAAGAAUUUAACUUAGAAUUAUAAACUAAAUAUAAUUCCAUUAAGGAAGAAUUAGAAGAUAAAACUAGAAGAAUCAAAACUCUUUAAUAAAAGACUCGUUAAUUAGAAUUUGAAAAUAAAGAAACUGAUGAAUUUAUGGCUAAAGAAAUUGAAGAUCUAUAAAUGAGAAAAAGAGAAAUUUUAUAAGAAGUUAAAUUAAAGCAAUUCAUUCUUGAUUAUUUCAUUCCCCCAAAAUUUUUAGAAACUAUGCAAAUGCUUGCCUUUUAUAAUGAACCAGCUGAAGCAUGGACUAUUCAAGGAUUAGAUUACUCUGGAAAAAUGACUAAAAAUUAAAUUUAAUAGGCUCUUUAAGAACAACAAUAAUUGAAUGCUACUGAUCAAAUUAACAGUGAAGAAAAACUACAAGAAUUACUCAAUCAUCCUAAUGUUUAUUUUGCUUAUACAGAAGAAGGACUUGUAAGGGAAGAACAAUUAGCGCCAUAAGAAAAGAAGAAAGUUUAAAAAAGAUUACAAUCUGCUAAGAAACCGUAAUCAGCCAAAAAGAGACCUUCAUCUAAAAGAAUUGAAUCUGCCAAAAAGAGUGUCAAUUUAUAAGAAUAGAACUAUCCCAAAGCUAAAGGACUCUCAUCCAAAUGAGAAACAUUAAUAAAUAUUAUAAUUUUA